AUGGCUGCUGCCUCAUCGAAAAUUCCCAUCAUAGAUUUCUCCUUGGCAGGCUUAGAGCCAGGCGCCAAUCUAUGGUUCUCUACAUGCCAACAAGUCUGCAAUGCUCUCGAAGAGCAUGGCUGUUUCGAAGCCAUUUACAGUCAUGACAAGUUUCCUCCUAAUCUUCGUAAGCAAAUAUUUGAUGUGGCCAAAGAACUUUACGAUCUUCCCCUAGAAACCAAGAAGAAGACUUGUACCGACAAGCCUACUCGAGGCUACCUUGCAGUUAGCCAGAUCCAUGAAGGAAUAGGCAUUUAUAACGCAGACACUCUACAAGGUGUUCAAAACUUCACCACCCUUAUGUGGCCUGACGGAAAUCAUCAGUUCAGUGAAAAUGUAUACAAUGUAGCAAACGUCAUAAAGGAGUUAGAUCAGAAAGUUGUGAGAAUGGUGUGUGAGUACUAUGGUUCAGAGAAGCACUAUGAUUCUCUCGUGAAAAAAACAACUUAUGAUCUGCGUUUCUCCAAGUAUAAAACAUGCAAAGUCAUUGAAAACAACUUAGGCCUUCGAAGCCACACAGACAAGACUUUCGCCACCAUCCUUCAUGAAAAUGAUGUUAAUGGUUUGGAGUUAUUGACUAAGGAUGGUGACUGGGUUUUGUUUGUUCCUUCCUCAACUUCAUCUUUCCUGUAUCUUGCAGGCGAAGCAUUCAAGUCAAAGAACUUUACGAUCUUCCCACAGAAAUCAAGAAAAAAAAAUCCAAGUAACAAGCCUGCUCUUGAGUACUACUCUGGUAGCCAGUUCCAUGAAGGACUAGGCAUUGAUAACGCAGAUACUCUACAAGGUGUUCAAAACUUCAUCACCCUCAUGUGGCCUGACGGAAACCAACAGUUCGGGGAAACUGAAUAUAAGGUGGUAAACAUCAUAAAAGAAUUAGAUAAGAAAGUGUUGGAAAUGGUAUGGAGUAACGGCAGAAUGCAUCCUACUCUUCAUCGAGUCAUAGCUAAUAGAGACAAAGAAAGGUAUACAGUUGGAUUGUAUACAUUCAAUGAAGGGAUGAUUUGUGUGCCAGAUGAGCUUGUUGACAAUAAAAAUCCUUUGCGAUAUAAGCCACUUAAUCAUCACGACUUCCUUAAACAGGUUAUGUACCAUGCUGAGAAAAAGAUUGGAUAUUCUUUAGAAGACUACUGUGGUACUUAA